AUGCAUCAUUACGGAUUCGUCAACAACGGUAUUCACAUCGCCGUGCGCAACGAGUUUGAUCGUAGCCUGCAUCGGAUUUGUCUCCAGGUACCAUUGUUCCACGCGUACGCCAUAGUGGUCGGUAUCAUGGCCGCGCUAACCCACGGAACGACCUUAGUCCUGCCGGAUUCCGGCUACAACCCGCUGCAAUCGCUGGAGGCUAUUGUGAAGGAGAAAUGUACAACAAUCUACGGCACCCCGACCAUGUACGUCGACCUGAUCAAAGCGGUUCGGGAGACCAAUUUCCAGAUGCCAGCGGUGGAGCAAGCCGUCACCGGUGGAGCAUCAUGUUCGCCCAAACUAUUCCAGGACAUCCGAGACGUGCUGCGUGUCCGUAAACCCAAAACUGUCUUCGGCAUGACGGAAGCUUCCGCCAUUUUGUAUCAGUCACUGUUCAACGACGAUGGGGAUGAGCUGUUGAACACGGUUGGACACGUUACCGACCACUACGAGGCUAAGGUUGUGGACAGUGCUGGGAACACGGUGCCCUUUGGAACGCCCGGUGAGCUGUGGGUUCGUGGAUACGGGACUAUGCUGGGCUACUGGAAUGAUCCGAAGAAGACGAAGGAAACCAUCGACGUGGACAAGUGGCUUAGAACUGGGGAUCAGUUCGUGCUGCGGGCGGACGGGUACGGGAAGAUCGUUGGACGGAUCAAGGAGGUCAUCAUACGAGGUGGAGAGAACAUUUUCCCGAAGGAAAUUGAAGAUUUCCUCAACGCCCAUCCAAAGAUACUGGAGACACAUUGUAUAGCGGUUCCGGAUGAACGCAUGGGAGAAGAGGUGUGUGCGUAUGUUAGGUUGAAAGACGGCAAGGAACAAUUGGAUCUGUCGGAGAUUCGUGAUUAUUUUGUUUACAAUCAAACAAACUACGAGAGAGUGAUAACAUCAUCAAGUACGGUGAAUGUGGAACAGCUGAGCCGAACCCUGUAUCAGUCUUCAAUCUACCGCUGA